AGUACAUAUAAAUAAAUCCACAAAAAAGUGUCAAAUGUCUUCUCCAUCGUCUUUGCCGACAAUGUCUUCGGCAGUAAAUUCACCGCCAAUUGUGGCAAACGUUGAAAUGAGUGGCGAAACGCCAGGAUUUGUGCAAUUCUUUGCCGAUUCCUAUCGCUAUUUCGGUGAUAAUAUCGUCGCUCUAAAGGACUAUAAGAUGAAUGAGUUUCAAAAGGAUAUAAAGUUUUGUUUUGAACGAAUAACACUAUGGGAUGUGUCGGUAAUCAUUGCGCUGACCAUUGUCUGGACUUUGGGACGAUUUCUGGUCACGAAACACAUAUUUAAGCCAAUCGCCUGUUAUUAUGCAUUGUGUAAACCGGACGCCGAGAAGAUGCCAGAGAGCGCGUGGAAGUUCUUCUUCUAUCUGAGCACUUGGUCUUCAAUGGCUUAUAUAAUACUGAUUAAGAAAAAGGCCUCUUAUUUC